AUGGGCUCCUUGAGGGUAUAUUUUUGCGACAUUUGCAUUCUCAUGUUGGUCGGGAUUAAUUAUUUUCUACUAGCUGAAGUUGUACCAGUUAGUAUCGCCCCAUUCGAAGACCGGAAAGGCAACUGCUCUUGCGGAGGAUUUCCGACUGUGACGCCAGAUCCUGGAAGUCUGCCCCUACUUUCUCAAACACCAAGUCUGGUCGUCAAAUGUGAUCAAGAAGGAGACAAUACAUGCAAGAUACUCUGCAAUGCAUUAGCAACAGCUACGAAAGCAAAAGGCCCUGAAAUUCUCUGCAGCAGGCUUAAAGAUGUCAACGAACUUAAGCUUUCAGCUUUUUACAAAACGUGCGACAAACCAUGGAGUUACGCAAAUAUGACUGCCGAAGCCCCACUUUGCUGCGAAAAUUCCCAAGUGAAAGUUUGUUCAUCGGUGGUAACACUAAAAUCAACAGUGCAACCGGAAGCGAAGACUACCAUAUGAUUAAUUAACAGAGUUAUUUUUACGAAUAAAUGAAAGUCUAUAAAAAUUAUAAAUAAAACGAACUGUAUUUGC